GUCUCGUGGGUGGAGCGUGCGUGACGCAUCAAUACUUGAUGAAAACAGACAGCUCAGCGGCAAACAGGCAGUGGUGCUCAGGGAUCUGUGUGUUUAAACUGCCAUCACACACACACACAACAAAAAAGGCACGAAAACACCGGAAUUUACCAGGAUUGUUGGGAAAGAACUCGUUGCAUCUUACUAUAACACGACACACCGACCGGAAAACGGGAUUUGGUUGUUGAGAUUUCACCACUGUCGGCCUGUCGAGGUAUUUCUAUGUGAUGGAGUUUCCACAUUUAGGAGACCACUGCUCUGAGAAGACCUGCAAACGUUUAGAUUUUCUUCCUAUGAAAUGUGACGCCUGUCAGGAGAUUUUUUGCAAGGACCACAUAAACUAUGCCAAUCACAAAUGCAUGUCGUCCUACCAAAAGGACAUCCAGGUCCCAGUAUGUCCUUUGUGCAACAUCCCCAUUCCCAUAAAGAGAGGAGAGAUGCCAGACAUUAAAGUCGGCGAACACAUUGAUCGGGAUUGCAAAUCGGACCCUGCGCAGAGAAAGAGAAAGAUUUUCACAAAUAAAUGCUCUAAAGGCGGCUGUAAGCAGAAGGAAAUGAUACGAGUGACCUGUGACCAGUGUCAUUCAAAUUACUGUCUUAAGCACCGGCACCCACUAGACCAUGAUUGUAAGACUGGUGGGGAACCUCGGUCUAAAUCAGGAAAUGCUGCUGUAAUGAGGGCCUCCACCUCCGCUUCUGGUUCAUCCGGUUCAGGAACCUCCAGACCCUUUUCCAAUGGUGUCAGUGCAAACAGAGGCCACAGCGCCGGUGCUACCCCGCGGAUUCCUACUUCCGUUUUUGCACAGAAUGUAAUCCCACCAGCGGCAUCAUUUCAGGCCGGCAUGACGGAGGAGCAGGCUUUACAAAGGGCUCUGGCGAUGUCUCUGGCCGAUACGAGCCCGGCGGUUCAGCCGGCCCUUACCGCUCAGGAGCAGGAGGAUCUGGCUCUGGCUCAGGCUCUCGCUGCCAGUGAAGAAGAAUUCAGACGUCAGCAGCAGAGACAGCAGGUACCCGGAAAGCUUAGGCGUCGAUAGCAUGCUUACAGGAACACAUGCAGGUGAGAGAGUCCAAGAUGUCCAACUGCAGCCUUUCUUAAUCUCAGACCACCGUUUGGACUUCAAGCUGCGCUAAUGAUCUGCUACAACCUGCACAUCCCCAGAAUUAUUGAUUGUUAAAUGAAGAAGUCCUGUUGGAAGUUGCUGAGAUAUUACCGCCUUCUACAAUAUAAGCACACACUUUCCCAGCAGGAUCUGUCAUUUUUACUAAUGCUUUGCUCUGUACAUAUUUUAUAUACUGAUCAUGAUGAAUCCAUUAUAUUACCAUAUAUGAAUAUUGAAUAAAUUAUUUCAAAGAUG